AUGAGAAUCAGAAUUCGAGAGCAGCUUUCUAUGCUCGUGGCCGUAACAGCGCUCGUCGCAGUGGGUGUUUUGGCUAUUGUCACUUGGGUUCACAACUACAGACUUGUGCUUGAUGUCCGCUCAUCGCGGUUCUCGCUUACAGCCAGCUUGAAGGCAAUACAGGUCGCUCAGAGUCUCACACUCUUGCACAACACCGUGUACGCCAUCAGCACCCGCGCGAUUCUCCAGAGUGCCCUAAGACGAUACCAGCAAGGAAAUAACACUUAUGAGAACUGGUCCCGUACCCUCGAGGACCUCCAGAACAGUGCAUCUGCAUCCACUGGCGGGUUCGGCGAGGUACUACAGGUGGUGGUAUUCGACGAGAAUCUUGGAAACGGAAUACCUGGUGUUUCAAAUGGCACGAUAACCGACGAUGGCACGGUUGUGGGUGGAGGAAAUUAUACUGGAAUAACCAAUAACGGGACAAGGCUCAACUAUGGGUUUGGUCUGGGAAGUAGGAUUGGAUUGUUGAACGCGACUGGUGAUAAUGCGGCGGGGGUUAUACUGCCGCCUACGGAGGAUAACGCUGGAGGCGGUCCCAUGUUGAUGAAUAUGUCUGCGGAGCAGCUGGCUGAUGUGCAGUAUAAUGCUACUCAUGGUCUACCGUAUCAUGAUGGAUAUCCCAAUGCGUUGUAUCCGUUCGCGGACAGGCGUUCAAUAACAACUCCGGCGAACUACUUUACGCCAAAGUAUAUUUACGACAGGAAGGGCCUGGUACUGGGGCCUAUGAUGGUUAAUGAGUCGUUUUUUAUGCUGUCGUUUACGAUUCCGAUCAUUAACAACACUAGUGCAUCGACGCUGCUGGGGUUCAUCACGGUAGUGGUUAAUGCGAAGGUAGUCCUCGAUAUCAUCACGGACACUCGUGGUCUUGGCGGAACAGGACAGACAGUUCUGGUUGGACCGGCAACGGCUUCGAAUAUAUGGGAGGAUCCGUUGCUUGCGAACAGGGUGGAGCAAUCUGCGGGAGAAGAGGCAAGAGGAGGGUCUAGGAGCAUGAUGAAGAGGUCUCACAGCGCCGUGGCUGCAAUGGCUGGACUUGUUGGAAGAAGUUUGGGACUGGAGAAAAGGGAUGAUAGCGCCGUUGGAGAUUACGAGUUCCGGUAUCUGCUUCCGCCAGGAAGAGAUAAAUCCUUGGUGGGUCAGGUGAGACAACUGAAGCAGUAUACUGCUGUACGGAGGGUGUUUGAACACGGUGUUGGUGGGAUAAAUGGUGCAGGAGAUGAUGGUGAUGGUGGUUCAAGUGAUCUGGAUACACAUAAUUCAGAAGGGAGGCAUGUUAGUGUUGGUUAUGCUAUCAUUGACGUGGUCAAGAACCUUACGGACUGGGCUCUGCUGAUAGAACAGGACAAGAGUGAAGCCUUUCAACCCAUAAACAAAUUGCGAAAUAUUUUGAUUGCCACAGUUUUUGGCACAUUUGCUGUUGUGAUUAUCCUAGUGUGCCCAAUUGCCCAUUUCGCAGUCAAGCCAAUCACUCGACUAAAGAGAGCCACCGAAAAAAGUAUGCGUCCUCCCUCCUAUACCCCCACUGGAAGCCAAUCAUCUCAAACCGCUGUAGAUCAUGAUGCUGCUGUUCAAGAUGAUGAAGAACGUGGCCGUAACCGCUUUUAUGGAAUGGGUGAAUACCUACGCCAACGAGCCAUCCGCCGAGACAGCUCUCAGAGCGGCGACACCGGCAGCGGCGACGGUAGCGAGGAAAUACGACGACGUGCCUUCAGGAUUCCCGGGAAAGUCCGUGAACGACGCCACAUCAUUCAUGAUGAGUUGACGGAUCUGACCCGCACAUUCAAUGAAAUGUCGGAAGAGCUCGUACGACAGUACGAGAAUCUUGAAGAACGUGUGAUUGAGAGAACAAAAGAGUUGGAGGAGCAAAAGAAGGUUGCGGAAGCUGCUAAUCAGGCGAAGUCUCUAUUUGUAGCCAACAUUACACAUGAACUCCGAACACCGCUAAAUGGAAUUCUGGGAAUGUGUGCGGUCUGUAUGCAGGAAGAGGAGAUCCCGAAAAUCAAGCGGUCUUUGGGGAUCGUGUACAAGUCUGGAGAGUUGCUCUUGCAUCUUCUAACAGACUUGUUGACGUUCUCCCGGAAUCAGAUUAUAGCAAUCUUCGAGAACCAAGCAAAGGAAUCUGGGAUUGACUUGGGCAUCAGUAUCAGUCCUGAGAAAAGGGUCAAGGAAAUGGUGUUUUGGGGCGAUUCAAACCGUAUAUUACAGGUCUUAAUUAAUCUUGUUAGCAACAGUCUCAAGUUUACACCUGAAAAUGGCGCGAUACAAAUCAGGAUGAACCUCCUCCAAGAGAUUAUUCCGGUCCCCAUACUUGACGUUCCUCUUCGUCGCGGUUCUUCCCGAAAUGGCUCCAAAAAUAAUCACCGCGGGAUGCAGCGUCUCGGAUCAGUUGCCACCUCGCCCCCUACGCCUAUCAUUAAUAUCAGCACCCAAGAUACUUCUUCACAGGGCAUUUCAUCUGCUGCGGAACAUCGUGCAAUACUCACUGAAAAGCUUCAAGAACAAAUCAACCACCCAUCCCGCCCAACUUCCCCACCACCGGGUGCUAAAACCUACAUGUUCGAGUUCCAAGUCGAAGAUACAGGUCCUGGAAUCCCUGAACAUCUACAACAGAAGGUGUUUGAGCCAUUCGUCCAGGGUGAUUUGAGGCUAAGCAAGAAACAUGGUGGGACAGGACUGGGUCUAAGUAUCUGUCUUCAGCUUGCGAAAUUGAUGCAUGGAUCAAUCGAGUUGAAGAGUUUGGAGAAGGCUGGGACAACGUUCACGAUGCGAAUCCCCCUUAAGUACGUCAAAGAGGUCACACCAAGUCUUUUGAGUGAAAAGGACCGGGCAAACUUGAGCCGGACAAACAGCAUCAUUGGCACAGCACAUAAUCAUAGCGGCUCUAAUGGAUCCACCGAAAAAGGAGAGCAAAGCCAGCAGAUCCAGGAGACAGGCUCUCAAAAAUCUGGAAAGAGCAGUUAUGCCCCGACGGGCGCAGAAACACCGAGCCAGGAAAUUAAGGAGAUGGCGUCGAGAGCAGCAGCUGAAGAAGACGAUGGAGGGAUGAUACGUGUACUGGUUGCGGAAGACAAUAAGGUGAACCAGGAGGUCGUGUUGAAAAUGCUCAAACUUGAAGAGAUUUAUGAUGUCACUAUUGCCAAGGAUGGUCGGGAAGCAGUCGAUCGGAUCAAAGAGGCUUUGAAUCAAGGCAGGAGCUUUCACCUGGUACUAAUGGACAUCCAAAUGCCCAAUCUCGACGGCAUCGAAUCUACCAAGAUCAUCCGCGAUAUGGGCUACUCAGCGCCAAUUGUGGCUCUCACUGCUUUCGCCGAAGAGAGCAAUGUGAAGGAUUGCCUGGACGCGGGAAUGAACUAUUUCCUCGCGAAGCCAAUUCGACGUCCGCAGUUAAAACACGUGCUAAAAACGUAUUGCUCAACGAUACGCGAGGAAGGGCAAAGUGGGCCGAUGAGCGAUGUAUCCUCUGCAACUACGACAGAAAAAGUUGGCGGUGGCGGGGCGGGAGGCGCAAGUUUAGCUGGAAGCUCGACAAGAGGUAGUUCAGUAGGGAUGCCGACACCGCCAAUGGGGAAAGGGGGUCCCUUGGCCGAAGAGGAUGAGGGGGAAUCAGUUGGGAAGGACCAUAAAGGGAAAGAUGAAGUGCAGUCAUAG